GUGUUACAAACAGCUAAGGUAAAGGUAGUGAACCAUAAGGGGGAUAUUGUUACUGCAAGGCUGAUGUUUGACAAUGGCUGUGAUAGGUCAUAUGUUACCAAUAAGUUUGUAGGAAGAUGUAAACCUGAAUGGGUCACCAAUACAGAAGUCCCUUAUAGUUCCUUUGGUGGCCAUAGCUCAAGCAAGUGUGUACAAAGUAGUCUAUACAAGUUGAAGCUUUUAGAUGAUAAGGGUGAUUUGUUUUCCCUUGUGUUGGCAGGCAUUCCCAUUAUAUGUGAACCGCUAAUUAGGCCAGUAGUACCAGAACACAUUUUAAGUGCCUUUAAUCAUUUAAAGUUUGCAGAUGACUUUGACCAUAGUUCUCCUUUAGACUUAGAUAUCCUUAUUGGUCUGGACUACUACUGGAGCCUAGUAACGCCUAGUGAUGCAGUUCAAGUGGGGUUGACAGUUGCCCUGAAAUCAGUGUUUGGCUGGACCUUGAGUGGAAACACUGGUAAAUUUUCUGACACUACAGGUGUGCCUUUACUGCCAACCUUUAAACCUUCGUCACCUCAACUCUUGUGCAUCUCUAAAGUCACUGAUGCUGAUAUGUCUAACUUUUGGGAUUUGGAGACUAUUGGCAUAAGUAGUAGCAAGGAAAGUAAGGAAGACGUUAGAGAUAAGAUUGUUCAAGAAUAUAGUGAUAAGAUCAAGUUUGUAGAUGGUAGAUAUGAAGUCCACUUGCCGUGGAAGGACAACCCUAAGAAGGAUACUUUGAUGAGUAAUGAAGUUCAAGCUAAGAAGAGAUUAAAUAAGCUUUUGGUGAAGUUGGAUAAGGACGAAGACUUAAAGGCUGAGUACAUGAAGGUAUUUGCCGAGUAUGAGCAUUUAGGAAUCAUUGAAGAGGUGCCGGUAGAGGAAAUUGUACACCCUGGCCCUGUUUACUACAUGCCUCACAGGCCAGUUGUCAGACUCAGCAGCAGCACCACAAAGGUACGACCAGUCUUUGAUGCGUCUGCCAAGGGUCCUAACGGGAUUUCUCUCAAUGACUGUAUGACAACGGGUCCGUCUCUCAACCCAGACCUAGUAGAGAUAUUAAUUAGAUACAGACGCUGGCCCUAUGUAGUUACUGCUGAUAUUGUUAAAGCUUUUUUGCAAAUAAGUGUACAGAGCCAAGAUAGAAAUGUUCAUAGAUUUUUUAUGCCAGCUGAAGGUGGAGUUAGACACAUGAGGUUUACUAGAGUUGUUUUUGGCAAUACAUCAAGUCCUUUCCUUCUUAAUGCUACGAUUAAGACACAUUUGAGUAAGUACUCUGAGUGUGAAGUAAUUCAGGAUCUUCAGAGAGACAUGUAUGUAGACAACUGGUUCAGUGGGGCUGAUAGUGAAGUAGAGGCAGUAAGGAAGUACACCACAGCCUACAACAUUAUGUCUGAAGCCAACAUGUCUCUUGAGAAGCUUGUAUCCAAUAGUUUAGUAAUUGCAUCAAAAUGUAAUGACAAGGUUCACUGUGUACAGGACGAUGAAAUUAACAGUGUACUAGGUUUGAAGUGGUCUAAGGACAGUGAUGUUUUUUCUUAUUGUGGUCUAGACCUGGAUUUCCCUUUGGAAUUAGCAUGUACCAAGAGGACAGUAUUAAGUUUAAUAGCUAAGAUUUUUGAUCCAUGUGGAUUUAUCAGCCCAUUUACCAUGUAUGCUAAGAUACUUUUCCAAGAUAUUUGGAAGUCAGGUGUGUCCUGGGAUGACAAGUUGUCACAAGAUUUAGAAGUAAGAUUUGAAAAAUGGGUAAGGAGUACCAGACAUUUGAGUCCAUUAGUUAUAGGUAGACAUUAUUUUCCCCAUGUACCUUGGAAAAGUAUUGAGUUUAUUGAGAUUCAUGGGUUUGGGGAUGCCUCGGAAAAAGGUUAUGGGGCGUGUGUAUACCUAAGGCUAUGUCUUGACAGUGCAUGUAACACUUCAUUGGUUGUAUCCAAGAGUAGAGUGGCACCAAUCAAGAAAUUAACCCUGCCUAAGCUAGAACUGUUGGGAGCAUUGCUUUGUGCCAGAUUGGUGGUGUUUGUGAAGAAGGCUCUGUAUCUUAAGAUUAAGACCCAAGUGACGUGUUGGACUGAUUCCACUAUUGCAUUGGGAUGGAUAAGGAAUGAUCCAAGUUUAAAGGAUGUAUAUGUCAACAACAGAGUUAGAGAGAUUCAGCACCUGACACCUCCAAGUAACUGGUAUCAUUGCAAGGGGACAGAAAAUCCUGCCGACUUGAUAACCCGAGGGUUACUAGCAGAGAGCCUUCUUGGAAAUGAUCUGUGGUUUAGCGGUCCUAAGUAUUUGUCUGACCCCACAUUUAGAGUCCAGGAAAGAGAUGCUUUAACUGCCAGCAUUAACACUGUGAAUGUUGUACUUGAGAAUAAUUUAGCAUGUUUAGCUGUUCAGACUAGGACACCCAUUUUUGACCUUGAGAGAUAUAAUGAUCUUGCUAAGUCACUAAGAAUUGUUGGGUAUGUUUUGAGAUUCAUAAAUAAUUGUAAAAGUAAAAGGUUGGGAUGUGAGUUGGAAACUUGUAGAUUUACAACUGAAGAACUAGAGUUUGCCGAAUUAAAAUUAAUCUAUGUAGAGCAGAGACAAGCCUUCCCAGAUGAAAUCAAAGCCAUAUCCAGUGAGCGGUCUCUUCCUAAGCAUUCCAAGCUAAGCAAAUUAAACCCAUUUCUUGAUCAAGAGGGUAUUCUAAGAAUCAAGGGUAGAUUACAAUUUUCUAGUCUGGGUUAUAACUCAAAACAUCCCAUCAUUCUUCCUAAGGGUCACUUUUCUAAGUUGUUAGUACAAUUUCAACAUAAGUUCAUGAAGCAUGCAGGUGUAAACAGCAUUGUGUCAUCAUUAAGAACUAGUUUUUGGGUGAUUGGGUUAAGAAGAAUGGCAAAGACGGUGGUUAGAGAGUGUUUGAGUUGUCGGAGGCACGACAGCCGUCCUUGCAGUCAACCUGUUGCCCCUUUACCUGACCUGCGAGUCAACCCUGCACCUCCGUUUGCAGUUACAGGUUUAGAUUUCACUGGCCCUUUAUUUAGUGCUGAUCAUCCAGGGAAAAAAUUGUAUGUGUUACUUUUUACCUGUGCUGUUAUUAGAGCUGUACAUCUAGAACUCACAGAGUCCAUGUCAUUGGUCGAUUGUAUGCGGGCCAUAAGGAGAUUUGUUGCUCGUAGAGGGAUUCCUAAUGUUUUCUAUUCCGACAAUGCAAAAACAUUUGUUGCAGCCUCCACAGAAGUACAGAAGGUGUUUGGUCAUCUAGCCCCAAGGUGGAAGUUUAAUGUACCAAGGUCCCCAUGGUGGGGCGGGUGGUUUGAGAGGCUCAUUGGUUCAGUCAAGCUAGCUUUAAGGAAGUCUUUGGGAGUUAAGUAUGUAAGCCAGUCUGAGUUAGAAACAAUUCUUAUAGAAAUUGAGUCGUGCAUUAACUCUCGACCAUUGACCUUUGUGAGUGAUGACCCAGAUUUUGAUCAUUAUCUAACUCCAUCACACUUUAUUCUUGGUAGGAACAGCACAUGUACACCUUCUGAUGUUGAUGAAUCCCCUAUUAUAAGCCCUGAAGACUUGUACAUUAGAAAGAAUAUAAGAAAUCAGAGGUUGGAACAUUUUUGGAAGGUGUGGAGAGAAGAUUAUAUAGCUAAUUUGCCCCCUGUAGUAAAAGGUUUCAACCAGAAAUGUAAAGUGGAUGUUGGUAGUGUUGUACUCAUUAGAGGAGACAAUGUACCCAGACAACGGUGGCCCAUGGGUGUGAUUGUUAAUGUGUAUCCCGGUAGAGACGGUGUGAUUCGCAGUGUUGAUGUUAAGACAGGAAAAGGCAUUUUCAACCGGACUAUUCAAACCCUGCAUGAUUUAGAGAUAAAUCCUCAUUUAGACACUGAUGUGAUAACUCCUCAACCAGUACUUCAUGAUCAGGCAGUACAAGAUGAUGUAACUUCAAGUGUAGCUAAUGAUGACUCUGUACAAGAUUGUGAUCCUGAGGAGGAGGAGGAGGAGGAGGAGGUAGCUGUUUAUACUUCAAGGGGUUGGCUCGUUAAAAGGCCUCACAGAUUAGAUUUAUAAGUUGUACAUUUAUUAUGUAUGGUGGUAGGUCAUGUGUUGUGUUUGUUUAUGGGAACUAUUGGGUUAUGGUAUGAUAUGGUAUGAUGUUAGAUACUUAUUGUACGAGGUAUUUGUUUGGAUAAGUUGCUUCGCCCCUUAUGGUGGGGAGGAUGUCGAAUAUUAUAUAGUCAUUAGUAUAUUUGGCUUCCGUUUAGCUUAGUUAGGCCUUAGAUAGAAUCAGCUGACGCCGUUUUCCUUUCAGGUUCCAACAUUUCUUCAGCUUUGGUAUUGACAUUUAUUGUACCAUUUAUAAUGUCUUAAGUGAGUAUUUCUAGGGGUAAAAGGACAUUGUUAUAUUUAUUUCUGUAUUUUGGGUAAACACAUGAAGCUGAUGUGAACUGUAGCACAACAUGAUGUUGUGCGGGUUUUGUGAAGUGUUGAGAGAGACAUUAGAAGCGCACUACACAGA